AUGGAGAGCUUUACGUUUGGAAGGUUUCUUUACGAGAAGCCUACUUUUGACAUAGGUGACAUGGCACAAAACUCGCAUUCGUACUUCCGUCCCAAUUGGCAUGCCGCCUCAUCUUCUUUAUACUGUUACCAGCUUGAAGCUUUUGUAGAUAUGUUAGGCUCUUAUAGUUCUGAGUGCUUGACAAAUCGAAAGUCGCAAUUAGAUCUUUUAGCAGAAGUUGUGGAGAGAGGUUGGGGUGGGGAGGGGGAAACAACAAGAGAGAAUUUAAAAUAUCAGAGAAUCAAACUUGCAGAUUAG